CGUGUUAUCACACCCAUGCGGGUUGUGGACCUAAAGGGAGCCGGAAGAAAAAUUAUACUCGGGCGCACUUGAACAACUUUGGUGGUUGCACUUCCACCUGAUUUUUGCGUCCUCAGAUCGCCACACUCUCUCUCCUUAUCCCGGAAGAUGAACCCUAGAAAAUCUUGAAAAUUAUUUUUUGAUAUAAACUUUUACGACCUCAGAUCCGUUAAGUUUUCUUGUAUUUUGUUGGUGGGUAGGUCUUUGAUUUUCUUUGAAGUUUCCAACUUUAAGGCAAUUUCUAGCACAAGAUUCUCUCUUUUAAGGUAAGUGAGUUAAACAGUAUUAUUUUAUUCGAUAUUCUUGGUUGUUUAGAUGGGUUUUGGUUGUUGAUUUUGCUCGAAGUUUCAAAAUUUAAGGUAAUUUCAAGCACAAGUUUCCUUUUGAGGUAAGGGAGUUCAAGGGUAUUUUUUUUUAUUGUAUGUUCUUGUUUUGGAGCUGGAUUUUGAUUGUUAAGGUGUUUCAUUUUGCUCAAAGUUUCCAUCUUUAAGGACAAUGCAAAAAAAAAAAGUGUCUUCUAAUUGGGAAAUAAGAAGUUCUUGUUUUUUGGGAUGGAUGUUGAGUUAUUUAGGGGUUUUAUUAAGUUUCCAUUAAGGCUGUUUGAACACAAAAGUUCCCCUUUUUAACGUAAAGGAUGAUAGGGUUUUCCUAAUCCGUUGAAAAUGAGAAGUUCUUGUAUGGAUUUUGGGUAUAUGUAGCCAUAUUUUCCUGAAUUUGAUAAGUGGAUUUUUCUUGUAUCAGAGAAUAUAUUUUUUUAAUUAGGUCUUUGUGAUGUUAUGCUGGAGAAAAUUAUUCAUCUAGUUGCUAGGAAUAAAAUGUUAAUUUGGAGUUAAAAUGGGUCAAAAAUGAUCAAGAAAACAUUGGGCUUGGAAUUUGGAAUCUUAACUUACUCUCUCUAAUAAGAGGGUAGGUAUUAGUGUGCCAUAGUAGUAGUUUGUCACUGGAUUUCCUGUGUUUCAAUGGAUGACAUUGAGGGUUAUGGGAGAUAUCCUCCCAGCACUUAUGGCAUGAAUCAGGGUUAUGAGUUGUCCAAUCGCCAGAAACUUCCUGUUCACGAAACUUCUUAUUCAAGGCAUGUUGACAAUCAAUAUGUGGAGGAAGGGGGUGAUGAUGAAGAUGCUGAUGAAGAAGAAGAAGAUGAUGAUGAUGGUGGUGACGAAAAUGGUGUUCAGCGGAUAGGGAAAGAUGUGUUUGAGGAUGACGAUGAUGAUGAUGAUUAUGGUGAUUCGCAGAGGCAUCAAAAGAAGAGGAAGUUAAAGAGCUUGUUAUCAAGUUAUGAGUUUGCUCCUCGAGAACCACCACCAUCUACUACAGCUGCAACUGCUCCCAAACAUUCAUCUGGUGGUAGGAAUCCACUUUCAGAUUGGUCUGAACGUGAGACAUUUAUUUUGCUUGAUGCAUGGGGUACUAGGUUUGUUCGACAUGGGAGGAAGAGUCUUCGAUCAGAGGAAUGGCAAGAAGUUGCAGAGAGAGUGUCACGGGGUUCCAAAAUUGAGAGGACAGACACCCAGUGUCGUAACCGUUUGGAUACUCUGAAAAAGAAAUAUAAAAAGGAGAAGAUGAAGAUUGCAGAGACUGGGAGUACCACUAGUAAGUGGGUGUACUUCAAAAAGAUGGACAUGUUGCUAACAUCAACUCCCCAGAAAGCAGGUGUUUCAUGUGGAAUGGACUCUGGAGAGUAUGUUUUCAUGAGCCAAAAAGUUUAUCUGAAUCAUGCUAAUGGCUUGGAUGAGAUGAGGGUCAGUCCUGCUAACUCCGAAUCUGCUGAUUGUGAGGAGGAGGACUCAGAGGAUCUUCCACCGAAAAGAUCACGAAAUGUACAAUCAGGAGGGAAUGGACAUUCUUUCAAAUUAAUAGUAGAUUCUAUCUAUAAAUUUUGUGAGAUAUAUGUGAAGAUUGAGAAUAGCAAGAGACAGCAAAUGCUAGAACUGGAGAAAAUGAGGAUGAACUUCCACAGAGAAUUGGAAAUGCAAAAGAGACAGAUUGUGGAGAGAGCUCAGGCAGAAAUUGCAAGAAUACGCCAAGGAAGUGAUGAAGAGAACGAUAUGUCUGCUGAAAAUGUUAGUGGAGAUUAGCCGGAUUAUCUCUCUAUUCGCUCCAUGUUGGCUGUUUCCUGUUGUAUUAUAUCUUGCAUGCUAGUCAUGGCAGUAUGCAAGACAGCUUUAUGUGAUGUAAGAAUGUAUCUGAUUGUAGUUUCAGCAGCAAUAAUAACAUUAUAGAGAUCACUACUUCCGUAUCA